AUUUAAACCCUCGAAUCCCUCUCUUUCUCCUCCCCUUCCACCUCCUCUAACUCUCUUUCUCCUUCCCCAUUACAGUUCUUAGCCACCAAAUGCCGACCUUUGAUUGCCUUCUUUUUGAUCUGGAUGAUACUCUGUAUCCUGUAAGCUCCGGCUUAGCAGCUGCUUGUAAAAGCAACAUUCAUGAAUAUUGUUCCUUUUCUUCUGCAGGUUAUAUGGCUGAGAAGCUUGGGAUUGAAAACAGCAGAAUCCCAGAGCUGAGUAACCUGCUUUACAAGAAUUAUGGAACAUCAAUGGCUGGUCUCCGGGCUAUUGGUUAUGACUUUGACUAUGAUGAAUAUCACAGGUUUGUUCAUGGAAGACUGCCAUAUGACAACUUAAAACCUGAUCCCAUUUUGAGAACCCUUCUGCUCAGCCUCCCUUACAGGAAACUUAUCUUUACCAAUGCUGACAAAGUUCACACAGCCAAAGUUCUCAACAAACUAGCCUUAGAAGACUGUUUUGAAGGCAUUAUCUGCUUUGAAACUCUCAAUCCCACUAAAAAACGCCCUAUUUUAGAUGAAAAACAGAGUUCAAGCACUGAAAUCUUUGACAUAAUUGGCCAUUUCUCUCAAACAAGCCCUGUAAUGGAGCUGCCAAACACUCCCAUUGUCUGCAAACCAUCAAAAGCUGCCAUUGAAUGGGCUCUCAAGAUAGCUAACAUCGAUCCUCAAAGAACUCUGUUUUUUGAAGACAGUGUCCGCAACCUUCAAGCAGGCAAGCGACUUGGGCUUCAAACUGUGCUGGUUGGGACUUCCCAAAGAAGUAAAGGAGCAGAUUAUGCAGUCGAAAGCAUUCACAACAUAAAGGAAGCAAUUCCAGAGCUUUGUGAAGUUGAAAUGAAAUCAGAACUCAAUUACUCAGCCAACAAUAAUGUAGCUGUGGGUGUGGAGACCUCCGUGACAGCUUAGAAAUCAAGGCCUUGUUUGGGUUGAAUGUUAAAUUUGUAAUCUAUGUCAAAAGUUUAAUAAAAUUGCUGUUCAGUCCUCAA